AUGCUCCACCUCAACCAUUCACCAACAAAGAAGAAUAAGAACAACAACAACAACAACAACAACAUGGAACCAACAAUCACCAAUAUCUUCAACCUUCUAACAGAGGAACUCUUGUACAUGAUCCUUGACCACCUUGACGACGACCCUUUUGUCAGAAAAUCAUUCUCUGAGGUCUGCAAGUCCUUCAAAUCCCUUGAGUCCAACCACCGCAGAGCACUGAAGCCACGUCGCCUUGAAUUCCUUCCAAGAACCUUUCACCGCUACCCUUCAAUCUCGCGCCUCGAUUUCUCACUAUGUCCUUGCGUGGAUGAUGACAUGUUGGAUUCAGUAUCACUGGCAUGGAGCUCUUCCUUGCGGUCCAUUAACCUUUCUGGGUCGAGGACUUUCUUCACACAUGUGGGGUUGUCUUCCUUGGCUUUGAAUUGCUCAAACAUGGUUGAGAUUGAUUUGUCUAAUCGCACAGACCUAACUGACUCAGCUGCUAAGGCAAUAGCAGAAGCUUCAAACUUGGAGAGGUUGUCGUUGACAAGGUGUAAAUCAAUAACGGACAUGGGGAUUGGGCACAUAGCUGUUAAGUGUACUAAGUUGAAGUCUGUUGGCUUAAGAUGGUGUAUUGGUGUCACUGAUCUUGGGGUUGGUUUGAUUGCCAUAAAGUGCAAGGACAUUCGGAGUUUGGAUCUUUCUUACUUGCCGAUAACAGAAAAAUGUCUUUCUCAUAUCCUCCUAUUAAAACAUCUAGAAGAUUUGGUUCUUGAGCACUGCCUUGGCAUUGAUGAUGAGGGCCUUGCAAACCUUAAAGCAAGCUGCAAGUCAAUGAAGGAACCACUCAAGGAAUCCAUUGCACCUAUCCAUUUGAGCUAUAGUUGAGUGUGUGAAGAGUUAUUCCUCCUCUUAUUUUCGGAUUACUAUUCAUAGGAGGAGAAAAAGUGGGUUUUUGAUGGAGCUUUGCUUGGAGGUUAUUCUCUA